AACGAAACCGAACCCGCUUCUUCUCAGUUGUACUUCUAGCCCAAGGGCGGGGAACGCUCAUCGCAAGUUCAUAGUCACUUCGCAAGACCUUGUGCAAGUCCUCUUUGUAGCAUAUCUUACGUACUGCAACCCAGUAAUCCAAUACUAAUCGUCUCCCAGUCGCUCACUCCAAUAACGAUAAGGUCACCGAUAACGACAGGAACGGCAUCCCCACCCCCGAACGCGACCCCCCAGCGCAUGGACGGUCCUGAUAACGUGGCCAAUCAGCGCCCUCAGAACACCCCUGCUACGAGCUCCGCGGGACCUGCUCCCGGCGUCGAGCGUAGACCGAACCACCGCACGCGAACGAAGCGGCCGAAUCGCAACGGCGGUGGGACUGGUGGCGGGAAUGGGAAUGGGAACGGGAAUGAGGGCCGCCCCGCCGAUGCGCCGCGUCAGGGCCAAGGGCAAGGGCAAGGUCAGAGACGUGCGCGGGGCGGUGGCGGAGGUGGAGGGAACGCGCGCCCACCUGUCGCUGGCGAGCAUCAGCAUCAUGAUAGCCCAUCCAACAACUGGCGCGCGCGUGAUGCUGACGGACCGUCGAGACGUGGGCGGGCGGCUCGGUUCAACGCGGGUCUUACCUCUGAUGCACCCAGCGCACAUGCGAGGCCUGCUCCCAAGGCCAAACCUGCACUGGCCUCAGUUGCGGAUGACCUGACCUCUAUCCUGACCGCGGCGUUGAGCACGCCGCCGUACCCGGACUGCGCGAUCUGCUUCUCUGCGAUCCACCCCGCACAGCCCACGUGGUCCUGUUCGCCGUCGAUCGCGAUCAUGGAGUCGGGGAAGCAGCAGUACUGCUGGACCACCUUCCACCUCAAAUGCAUCCGAUCCUGGGCGGCCAAAUCAGUUAAAGAUGUAGCCGAUGCCUGGGCAGCCCGGGGGGAGCCCGAGCGCGGCGGGGAGUGGCGCUGCCCGGGUUGCCAGGCGCGGCGGGCGCCGGUGCCGAAGGAGUACCGGUGUUUUUGCGGCGCGCAAGGAUCGCCGAGUCCGGGCCGAGUGUCGACACCGCACUCGUGCGCGUCGCCGUGCAGCCGGGCGCGCUCGACGUGCGCGCACACAUGCCCGCUCUUGUGUCACCCCGGGCCAUGCCCGCCGUGUCGGAUCACGACGGAGGUGCGCUGUGGGUGUCCCAAGGGCGUCGUCCUGGCGCUGCGGUGUGCGACGGACGAGGACAUCAGCUGUGGCAGUAUAUGCGCCCGACCUUUGGCAUGUGGGAAUCCACAGCACACGUGCAAGAGAACAUGCCAUACCGAUGCAUGUGACGUCUGCCCUGAACUCGAAACUGUGCGCUGCUACUGUGGGAAGGAGGACAAGGUGGUCGCCUGCGGAGAAGGAUCUGCGGUGUUCUGUUCGCGCGGCGACGAGUCGUGGUCUGGUCGAUUUUCCUGCGACGGCCAGUGCGAGCGCGUCUUCGACUGUGGCAUCCACCGCUGCAGCCAGCCGUGCCAUCCGUUCAGCGGCCCAGCUGCAAGAUGCCCCCGGUCGCCUGAGCUUGUCAAGAGCUGUCCCUGCGGUCGUCGGCCGAUCGGAGCCGACAGCAGCAAUGCGUUUCCGCCUCGCGACAAUUGCAGUGCGCCGAUCCCGACGUGCGACUCUGCUUGUGGCAAGGUGUUAUCCGGAUGCGGGCACGCAUGCACCGCUAAGUGUCAUCAAGGCCCGUGUCCGCCGUGUUCUGAGCGGGUGUCCAGACCGUGUCGCUGCGGAUCGACUGUCAAGCAGCUCUUCUGUGGCCAGGAGCACGAAACAGACAUUCUGUGCGAGAAACCGUGUGCUGCACUCAGAGCAUGUGGCCGUCAUCGAUGCGGUCGGAUUUGCUGUCCCCUGGCAAGUGUGGCUGUAUUGCAGCAGCAGAAAAACAAGUCCAAGCGCCAUCGCGCUGCUGCAGCUCAAGAAGGACUGGGCGAAGAGGUCGGUGGACUGCACGAGUGUGAUAUCGUGUGCGGGAAAGUGCUUGGGUGUGGUCUUCAUCGCUGCGAAAUGAAGGACCACAAAGGACCCUGUGCUCCCUGUUUGAUGAGCAGCUUUGAAGAGCUUAUUUGUCCCUGCGGUCGGACAGUGCUCGAACCUCCCAUUCCGUGUGGCACCCUCAUUCAAUGCUCGUACCAAUGCCCGCUGCCAGCUCCGCCGUGCGGGCAUCCACGAACAUCGCAUCUGUGUCACUCGACGACUCAGGCCUGCCCGCCCUGUCCGUUUUUGACGACCAAGACCUGUAUGUGUGGGAAGAAGGAGGUGGGAAACGUCCGCUGCUCCCAGGAACGUGUUGCCUGUGGCAAUGUCUGUGGCAAGUUGCUCGGGUGUGGCUAUCACCACUGUGAGCGGCUGUGCCACUCGUCGGAGGAAGGAUGUGGCGCCUGCACAUCCAACUGUGGGAAACCACGGAAACUUUGCCUUCCUCUUAUUCACGGAUGCACUCUCCCGUGCCACGCACCUUCAUCUUGCGACGAAUCGAGUCCCUGCUCUUCCACCAUCACACUCGUUUGUAGCUGCGGUCGCAUUCGUCAGCAAGUGCAGUGCGGCAAAAGCUCGAUGAGUGCGGGGCGGGAGGGCCAGCAGCUGAAAUGCACCAACGACUGUCUUGUCGCGAAGCGCAACGCCCGACUCGCUGACGCCCUGGGUAUCACGAGCGAGAGCAGGGAGAAGCAAGCUGCUGUCACGUGGCCUGACGAUGUACUUUCAUUCGGACGAGUGAACCCGAGAUUUGUGGGUGUCGUUGAAAAGGCCUUCGCAGACUUCGUCAAUAGCGACAAGAAGACACAGGUCCUGCCCCACAUGCCACCAGAUCGACGCAAAUUUGCACAUGAUAUCGCGACUGUUUAUCGGAUGGACACACAGAUGGUCGAUCAGGAGCCCCAUCGCAGCCUCCAGCUCAUCAGACGCUUCGAUACCAAGAUGCCGACGCCGCUGCUGAGCGCCGCUAUCUCAGUCGCAGGGCCACCCUCCAGCCUCGGGAAACUCGCAGAUCUGAAGAUUGCUGCUACGCCCAGCUCGAGCGGUGCCUGGCGCUCCGUGGCCAAGCCCCCUGCGCCGAUUGCCGUCCCCCCUAGUGCAGCGAUGGCCCGGGGAUGGGCGAGUGUGCAAAGUCCUGUCUCGCAAGUGCAUGUUCCAAGGCAGACUCCGCCGGUCGUUCCCAGUGCAGUGCCCGCGGCGGUCGAUCACGGCGGCAGCAGCCUAAACUCGCCGGUGCCGGAUGAUUGGGAAGACGAUAGUUGAUUGGUGACUUGUCGGUCUAUUUUGUGAUGCAGUUCUGGUGCACAGGUCAAUGAGAGUUGUAUGACGCUAUUUCGACUUCAGGGAGACGGGGCUAAUAGCACGUGCGAAAUCUCUGGUAUCUGAUGAUCCUCAGUACUGCUCAUUCGUCCGCGAAUUUGUCGGGCGGAACUAUUUUCACUGGUGGCCUUGUGGUCUGCUUAUGCAUACCAGGGGCUUGCAAGCAGUGAUAAGGUCGUUCCGAAUCGUUCAGACAACCAUAAGGGGAUCGUAAGUCUAUGUCAUGAGCGUAGAUGUGAGUCAAUGAGGUUCUUCCAAGUCUUCCGAGUAAAUGAACCAAUCACAAUUACCUCCUGCUAUGUACAUAUAUGCGGGGUCUCCGGAGAUGGGGAAACGUAAACAAAACUCUCGUGGAAGUUCAUAACGCACGGCCGAUUGGAGCGUGAUCAAAGUGGCCUUCGGCGUUGGAUAACUGCAAGAUCUGCCCUUCGUGGACUACUUGGACUAGGAGCCCCCGCCGCAGGAAUUUUGAUUGAUCCGAAGGGGGUCCCACGCUCGGCCUCUACUACGGCACAUGUGUGUAGCUGUGCUUGUGAUCUGCUUUCUGGUUCUGCAGUCUGGCGCAAAUGUCUUCGAACGAUCGCGCUCAAAACCCACCCAAUUCGUGGAAUAAGACAGUUGCGGAGGUAGGCGAUGACAUCCGUCUACAUCUAUCUAGCGCCGUUGCGUGCCGUAAAUGUCAUCGCUCUUGGUGCGGCUGCGUGCUGCUCUACUAGUCGACCUCGGUUCAGGGUCUCGAGUGGGGCUGGAGAUUCGCACCAAAUGCACGUCCUAAUCUCUGCUCGGCUCUCCCCUCAGUUUCCCCGCGGCACCGACAUUUGCCCGCGUCGAGCUUGUGGAGAUGAUAGAGUCAGGAACGACAACUCAUCGGCUGGCCGGCAGUGCCCCUUCAAUGCAGGCUGUACAGAGAGGCGUUCCACAUGUCGAGUUCAGACAUCGAGGAGAAUGGAAAUGGAAUGUGGCUCGCUCAUUCUAUGGCGCGGUGUCUGCUGACCUGACCAGGAGCUGACACGGGCGAGUCUCCCCGCCGCUACUAUCGGCGCAACGCUCUGUCACCGGACCCUGCGAUCUUUCAUGGCUAUGUGGGCGAGGUAUGAUAGGUUGGGCUGGUAUGGCCGGCAAUAUAGUUUGCGGUGCGCGGUCGAUAUUAGGAUAGCGUCUGCCGCCGUGCCGUCCAGCGGCUGGGCCAUGGAGAUGGCAAUCCGAGUCCAGUGCGGCUCCGUCUAUUCAUUCGCAGAUCCCGCCAAGCCCCGAUGUGUCUUCUUCUUGCCCCGCAUUAACUGAGAGUCUCCCCCCUGUCAUGGACUCAUGGCUGAUCGGGGGCUCUGCCAUCACUCCCGGCUUCGCGGACACAUAAAAAGGCAGACGCGUUGAGCUUAUUCUCGUGCACUCUUCCAUCGCGAACAUGCUGUUCUCCGUCCUUGCCACUGCGCUGUUUGCUGCUGUCGCGCUUGCGGCUCCUGAGCAGGAAGACAUCGGGCGAAGACAGGGAGGCCCGAAAGCUAAUGUCUACUCGGCGUGCAAGAACAAGAACCAGGUCGCCCUCACUUUCGAUGAUGGACCGUGGGUCUAUCUAUACGAUGUCAGCAAGGCACUUGUCGCUGCCGGCGCUGUGGGCACUUUUUUCUUCAACGGGAAUAACUACGCGUGCAUUUACGACGCUGACGAGCAGAAACGCGUCAAGUACGCCUAUGACCACGGCCACAUGAUUGGCUCGCACACCUGGGCGCAUUUGGAUCUGUCGACGCUCACUUGGGACCAGAUCCACGAUGAGAUGUGGCGCGUCGAACUCGCUUUGUCCCGGAUUAUCGGCGUCACACCCGCAUUCAUGAGACCGCCUUACGGGAACUACAACGAUCUCGUUCGGGAAGCUGCCUUCAUCCGAAACCAAAGCCUAGUUAUCUGGGACUUUGAUUCUGGGGACUCCACGGGAUCCACCGUCGCGCAGAGCGAAGCUGUCUACGACCAGGUCGUUGCCGCGCAUCCGAGCAACAUCCUUGCCCUCAACCACGAGACUUACGAAACGACCGCGCAUCAAGUUCUUCCAUAUGCUAUCAAGAAACUGCAGGCGGCGGGUUACGAGCUUGUGACUCUCGCGACAUGCUUGGGACUGGCGCCAUACCAUAGCGUUGGAACACCUCAGACCCCUGAUGCGAGUUGGACUUGUUGAUCAUUCACUCCUCCUAGUUUGUUUCAGAAUGGAUGAAAUCCAAUCAAGUGAUCUUGGAUGUGAUAGAUACUUGAACCUGAGUCUUGGUCACAAGCACGUUCAAAUGGGACGUGCGAUGAUUUCGUGUCGUCGUGAGGAUGGUCGUUGAUGGUUAGGUGAUCGCGUUGAAGCUGCAGACCAACCAAUCAUCAGUUUACCGUAAGUAAUAUAGUAGAUUUUGGUAGAUUGAUGACCGGCGCGGUCCCAACAAGGAGCCGCCAGGGUCCGUGCUACAAACAUGCAUCAGGUGUAUGCUACAGCCUACCGGGCAUCCGAUCAACUUUUCCUCCUCGAGCACCCAAAGUAGCACCCACUCUGUGUUGUUGUGCCCCAGCAACCCGCUGUAAGCAGUCCAGAUAUUCCGAGAGGUCUGCAGAGGUCGAGAUGAUGGCGCGAUUCAGACAGCGGCCCGACCGUUUCCAUUAGUCGUUGGGCCAGAGCAGACAGGUCAGGUGCCGGCCGAUAAAGCUCCGUCGUACGCUCUACUUCUGAACUUGGAAUACGAGUUAGGCGACCGCGCUGUAUGAGGUCAAAAUCCCUUCCACGGAUCAGCAACGCUAGAAACUGCACGGGGAAACUCGCAGUUCUCGCUGUGCCGUGCGUGAUGAGGAGGGCAUCAACGAGGAAAUCUUGUCGAGUUACAGCAAAUCUGACGGCCCCAUGCAAGCCAGGGCGGCAUGGGCCACCCGUCUCCACUCGUCCCUUCCACACAAACAGCAAAGUCUUCAUUCUCUCGGGUGCGUAGAGAGCAGGAAGCGCGUCACAACUUUGCAGUGGGCAGGCACGGGGACCUUCAGAUCAUCUCGCAGCUUGCUCGAGUCUAUGUCCGCUGCGGCUAAAGAUACGCUGUCAUGCACGAUUUCAAGACCUAUUUCACAUUAUCGGGUGUUCGUGUCAUUGAGGUUCUUUCAAAAAACCGCUGUUACCGGAUUAGAGAUUUCAGCUCUGGUUCUCUCUGGAGGAAACCCAAGCUCUCGGCUGCGCAUUCCAGCCGCAAACACUUGGUUAGCCAGCGCAAGGGAGACGUUUGAAGCUCAGCUCUUCAUGUGGACAUCCUGUGUAUUAUGACUCCAUUCCGUUGACACAAAUCCUAAUCAUACAGCAAAGCAACAAAAAGAGCAAGAGUUCGAUCAUCACAAAGGCUCCAAAAGCGCGGCGUCUUGCUUGUAUCGCAAGGCGACCGAAUCACCGAUUAUCAAUUUCGUACGCGGACUCCCAUCCAAAAACGAUAACGGACCCGUUACCUUCCCGCGAUAAUUCUCGGUGCGCGCAAUCACUGCAAGAAAGCGCUGGACCUCGUCGUCGUCAACCCCCAGGCUCUGGAGCCAUGGAGCCAAGCUCCCCUCCUUGAAGCGCGCAUCCAGUCCCGCCGAGUCCGUCGAAGCAGCGACCAAGCGGAUAGUCUUCAUUCGAACUGCGAUGAUGUAGUCGAUAGAGUCGCGACCGAAGAGAUUCCGGUCCCAGCCGUUCAGGAUCGACAUGUCUGCGCUGCCGGAGAAUCAGCCCCACUGCAAGUGCGAGUGACUGACGCUGCCGCACUCACGUAAACGCAUAGCCCAGCGCCGAACCAUCGCUCAGCCCGGUCGCAAGAGGAGCCCAGUCGAGAAUGCUUUCGAGGAAAUCGCACGACGGGUGGAAGAAAAGAAUGAGGACGUUGGAUACGUUCGGUGUCUGUAACAGAGACCACAGGUGGCUCGGACCGCGAAGGUUGUUUGGUCUGUCGUACAAUCCCUGGCCUUGCAUUGCGCGACCACUGGGGUGGUUCUUCGUUGCCUUGAACGACCCGAUGUCCAUCUGCAUCACCGCAGAGAGAUCGUUGCUCUUCAACGUCUUCAUGCACGGUAAACAAAAUGGAACGACUGGUGCCGUCUCGUGGUAGGACCUCAGCAGAUUCUCCAUCCCGACCUUGUGGAUCAAGAACAAAUCCUCAAAAAACCCUGUUCUGUAUUGACCCCUGACAGACAUCACAUACAGGCCUGCGAUUGCUGAGUAUCCGGUGUCGGGAAGAGGAGCCGGGGUCGAAUCGUGGCGGACGAGUAGACGGCAUCGAACUUUUUUACGGUAGAAGAUCUUAUCGGGCCAGGAAUCCCCCAUCUCGGACGCUUGAAUUGAGAAAUACGGCGCAGCGCGUUGUGUGGCCUUGAUCAGGAGACUCCGGGAGAUGGUCGAUGAGUUCACAGGCAAUUUGCGCUGGAGAUGCUGAAGAAUGUCUUCUUCGAUGUAACUGCGAAGACUCGGAGAAUAGUCUGAAAUCAGCAUGGCUGCGAUCUCGAGCACGGAGUCAGCCAAGAUGCCUCCAUUGGCACACACAGCUGCGCGCCACUUCCCCUUGGCCAUCUCCGCGUCUUCUUUGAACCACGUGCGGAAUAUAUCUUUCCAACGCUCAUCGAGGAUAGCAGCCCGGAUAUAUGCGCAGGUGCGAGCCAAUUGGAGGACCGCCAGGGGGCAGUCCUCGAUCAGCUCUUUGACGAUCAGAUUCCAGAGCUUUACACGCGUUCAGUGUAUGCGCUGAGGAGAGCAAGACGGUAGCUGACCUCUACGGGCCGUGCUUCUUCGCCACUUAUCGCGCCCAUGUGAUCGGCACGUGAUGGAAGUAAUGUCCCCCAGAGUGCGCGAACGUAUGCAAGAUAUGAUCAGGAGAGACAGAACACUUCCCUUGCAACUUGCCUGGCGUCGUGCAGCAUGUCGAGAGCUGGCCUUCCCGACGGUUCGGAAGUUGAAUCUUGAAGAGAGGCCGAAUGAAGAGUGCGCCGACAAAUCAAAGGAGAGAAAGAAUGGAUGAGCGAGGAUAUACGGCGUGGAUCUCUCUAGCUUCAAAUGCUUACCCGUGUUCCAAUCAUGCUUUAAUUAUGCUUUGACUCUCAUCAUGAAUGCUCUUGAGCUGGAGGUGGCAAAGUCAGACGGAUCCGCAUGUUACUGUGAUCCUGACCGUCGACGAGGUCUAAAGAGUGAGCGAC